AUGACACUAUCCAUACAGAUACUCAGUUUCAACACGCUUUCUCUUGGUGCUGCGGAGGACCGAGCCCCCGAAGCCGGUCAAGGGCUGUUCUGUGGGCCGGCCCGGGCGGCCCUGCUUGCAGCGCAGCUGCGCCAGGCUGGAGCCACAGUUGCCGCCCUCCAGGAAACCAGAGGGGAUGCAGGCUUCUCUCGUGUCGGAGGGUAUCUGCGAUAUGCGUCUGGCAGUGAGCGUGGCCAGUAUGGCACAGAAUGGUGGUUCCUUGAAGGGGCUAGCCUGAUUGACGCAGCCGAUGACGGCCGAUGCCUUAAAUUUGAGGUUAACGCUUGUUGCGUCGUUGUCGCUGAUGUUCGGAGACUCUUUGUACGUGUCGGCAAGCCAGGGUUCCAUGUGCUUUUCAUUGCCCUGCAUGCGCCACACCGAGCUACUGAGCCACAUAAGCUUGAGUCUUGGUGGCAAGACACGAUCCAAUUAGCGUACAAGCACCGGAGGCAGGAUCCUGUCAUCGUUGCGGGCGAUUGCAAUUGUGCAGUCGGAAGCAUCGAGUCCAACAGUGUCGGUACGCAUGCGUCUGAACUUGAGGAUAUGGCCGGGGCCUUCCUGCACCGAUUGCUUCGAGCGACCGAGUGCUGGAUUCCUGCCACCUUCGAGCAGUGCCACUUUGGCCCAUCCGCCACCUAUGUGCAGAAGAGAAAUGGCCAUGCUUGUAGGGUCGACUACAUUGCGUUGCCAAGCAGAUGGAGGCAAACCAUCGCCUCCUCAUGGCUUUGCCCGGAAGUCAAUGCUGGACAUGCCACCAUUGACCAUACGGCGGUGGCAGUUUCGUGCCGAGCCGACCUUGCCAUGCCUGUCCAGGGGUCCAGAGUCCGGGACAGGCAAAUGCUGGCCGCGUGCUUCCUUUGUUGGUCCGCCAGAGGGCCCAGCAUUGUCGACGUUAUCGUCUACUCUACGUGGUUUUGUCGGGCCAUUCUUGCGGAUGCAUGGUAUCGGCAAAGCAUGGACACCCACUGCCGUGCUCUCAGGAAAGCCUGCCGUGGGGACCGCGCUGCGUACGUCAAUGCUUUAGCCGACAAGCUUGCCGUAUGUCCACAGGCAGAGAUUUUCAAUGAGGUUCAUCGCUUGCUUCAGCACAAGCGGAAACGCCCAUUUCAAGCCGAGCCGUUGCCCAUCAUCCGACAAGCGGAUGGGCAGGUUUGUGAUACCGCUGAGAAUGCCCGCGGCAGAUGGAGACAGCAUUUUGGGGGUCUGGAGGCCGGGAGAGAGGCUUCUGUCCUCGAUAUUGCCGCCGACGCCAUGCAAGCCUCACAGCCGCACUGGCCCAGCCCGAGCAGCCUCGCCGACAUUCCUGAUGCGGCGUACUUGCAUCGUGUGCUUGCGUCCGGCAAGUGCCGCAAGGCGGCGGGCCCGGACGGUAUCCCAGCAGAGCUGGGCAAAAUCUUGCCCGCAGAGGUAACGGAUUUGUUGUUUCCGCUCCUGCUAAAGUACGUCUUUCGAGGAGCUGAAGCAGUCGGGCAUAAGGCAGGGGUUGCGGUGUUCUUUUGGAAAGGCCGCGGCUCCCAACAGGAAUGCAGCUCGUACAGAGCAAUUUUAUUGCUUAAUGCAUGGGCUAAAGCGCUGCACCAAGCCCUACGACCCAAGGCUCUCGCGAUAUACCACAGUUCAGCGCCACAACUGCAACUGGGCAGUAGACCGGGAGGCAACGUGGUGUUUGGCUCGCACAUAGUGCGAACCUUCCAAAGAUGGGCCCACUCUGUCCGGAAGAAUAGUUUUGUCCUGUUUGCCGACAUCACUGCCGCGUACUACUCUACCGUGCGUGAGUUGAUUGCGACAGCUCCUGGUACGCAAGGCGGACUACCUUCCGAGAGGGCGCUAGCCAAUUUGCAUUUAUCGGUUGACGAGUUGCAACGGUUGCGUGAGCAUACUGCAGAUCCGACAGCCCUUCAACGAGCCGGCGCUGACCCGUGGACGGAGGCCGUUUCCCAUUGCGUGACCCACGGAACCUUUUUUCUCAUCCGCGGAGACCAUGUAGCGGUCUCCACAGAUAGGGGAACACGCCCAGGCUCCAGCUGGGCGGACAUCCUUUUUGCUACCGUCAUGCAGCGUGUACUUGAGAGGCGGAGCCAGCUGCGAUCCGAGGUGAUGCACCAGUCGGUUCCCCCCAAGCUUCCAUGGGACGGCGUCCGUACUCUUCUUCCGUGCGAUGGUGCUCCUCAGGCCAUAGAAGUCGAAGACGUGGUGUGGGCCGAUGACCUUGCCACGAUGAGGCUCUGUGACCAAGCUGCGACGGCCGAUACGGCCAUGGCUCUGGAGACAGGCUGCUUGGUUGAUGCCUUCCGAGAGCAUGGAUUCUCGUUGACCUUCGGCGAAAGGAAGACCGCAAUCCUUGCAUCCCCGUCCGGUCCUGGUUCCCGACGCCUCAAACAACGCUUAUUUGGAGCCCGCCGAGAUGGUGGGACGCUACCUGUUUUGCUGGAGGGCGAAGGCGCGGCGCGCAUCCCGCUGGUGGCGACAUACCGUCACCUUGGAUCCAUGCAGUCCCCAGGAGGAAGCCUUCGCGCUGAAAUCGCCUACCGUGCGGGGCAGGCUUACGCGGCUUUUGCUGAAGGCAGGCGAAAGGUCUACAGGUGCCGGCAGGUCACUGUCCGAAGGAAGGCUUAUAUCCUGCAUGCCGCUGUUUUGCCGAAGCUGCUGUACGGCUGUGGAUCAUGGCCACCCCUGACAGCAGGGGAGUACAAAUCCUUUGCGGGAUGCUUGUGGCGUCUAUACAGGCCACUGCUUGGCCUUGGCCGGGAUUCGGAGCAGGACAUAUCUUUUCAUGCCUGUUUGGCCAUUGUGGGGCUACCAAGCCCAGCCAACACCUUGCGGCGGCACAGGCUUCUGUACCUGGCACAGGCCUUUCGUAGUGCACCAGAUGCUCUGUGGGCCUUGAUCAGGGCUGACAGGCCAUAUGCCGAGAUGCUCAUGGAUGCGGCGAGGUGGUUACAUGCACGUGUUGGUGAGCAGGCUGGGCUGCCAGCGCCUGAUGACGACUGGGCCGCGUGGGCUGUGAUCUUGCGCCAGCAUACAGGCAGGUUUAAAGGCUUCGUCAAGCGAGCAAUUGCCAUUGAACAGGCCAGACACGUUGUGAUUGCCGCAUUGGAUGGCCUACAUCGAGGCCUCAGUACUGAGACCACAGCGCCUGGCAUCAGCUUCCGCCUUGAGCAAUGCACGGAUGCAUGUGUCCCGUGCAAGCGAGCGUUCCCCUCUCGGGUAAGCUGGUCAGGGCAUGCUGCAAGGAUCCACGGCUAUAGGUCGCAGGCCUUCCUAAUCGGCAGAGGUAGGCUGUGUACUGGUUGCGGCAAGGUGUACUCGACUGAAGGACGUCUCAAAAGGCAUUUGGUAGCAGCUCAUGCUUGCCGACGCCGAUGGGGGUCUUUCCAGCCGUCGGACAGUGUGCCAGCGACCGGACAUGUACAAGCCCCGCCCAUGGUUGUACCCGGCAACUACAUGGCGACACACCCUAGCUGCCCCAGUGAGGACCAUUGCCCGUCGUUGCUGGCUGAGUUGUUAGGGUUGCCCGAGCCGGAAUCCGAUGCUUGGGAGUGUGUCGCCGAACACAUUGCCCCGCUCGAGGCGAUACGGCACACGGUUGAGAUGUGGGCAACUCACCCCUCGGCACAGCGCUGGGCAGGCAGUACCGCCGAUGAUUUACUGUUGCUGCUUGAUCCCUCUGUGUUUUGUGAAAGCGUCCAGCCCCUCCCGCCGCGUCGAGAGUGUCCUGCAGAUACGCUUCCUUUAUGGGGUGCAGUCCAGCCGCGUGCUUUUGUCACAUCGGGUGAUCCAGCGCAGUUCCAAAUUCCGUCACCCCCACCUGUUAGACUUUCGGUCCGUCAGGUUGGAGGUAUUACGGCUCCCGAGGCUUCCUCGUAUGCCUGCUGGAUCGAAGGUGCGUGCCGGGUCAUCGCUGAGGCCCUUGAGACCUCCAAACAGAGGCCUGUUGUUAUCUCCUGUAAUGGUUUACGCAACGCUCUGGGGCCCGUCGCGUCGUGGCUGGAGUGCAGCGGCUUUGCAGUACAGGCAUCCCGCAUUCACUCACCAUGA